UCUCUCUGUGCUGUUAUAGUUGGUGCAGAGCGAUGAGGAACUUUAUUGGAAUUUCGCUGUGACCAUGCCAGAACGCUGGGCCUCUGAAGUUGUCGAUACAAUUUUCUGGGAUGUGAAUGAAGCAGCAGACCAGGCAGAGACCGCUGAAGCAUUGAGGCACUCAGAUUCUGAUGGCCUGGCAGACCCUCAGCUGUGUAGAAGGUGCAUCAUGCAUGGUUAUGUGAACCUCCUGGAUAAUCCCCUGGGCACUCGCUGUUAUUUUUACCUCUACCCUCAGAAACUCAAGUGGAAGAAGAAAGGAGAACAUCGGUGUGAGAUGCUCAGGUUGUCAGACAUUGAGGCUGUAACUGACCUCAACAUGAAGGACAGGUCCUCGCUUCGGCUCCAAGUGCGGGGGAAGGAUGCAAUGAUCCUGAAAUUCGAUAGUUACCCAGAGUAUUAUCAGUGGAGGAAGGAGUUACGUAGCCCUCACUCAGGAACGCAGCUCCGACGUCAGCACGUCACCAGUGUCAGCUUCCUAGACAUCAGCUCAGACCACUCCUGAGGGUGUGCUAACCCUGCUGAACCAUUCAAACCCAAACUCUCUCACUAACCCCUAUCAGUCUCGCACACACACUCACUGCCUUACAGAAUCUAAUAAAACAAAUUCUCACUCCA